CCAAAGAGGGUUAAGAAGUUAAAAGCUUGGAUUUUAAGUGUUAAACCAGAGGUGCCUGGCAAGGAGUGUAACUGUGACUCUUGCCUGUUAGGACCUUGGUUUUAUAUACCUUCUGGGCUCAGAGAUCCCCUGGCUCUGAGUGGACCAGUAUACAGGGGUGGUGGCAGCCUACCUUCUACCUUGCAGGGUUGUGGUGAGCGUACACAGCCUUGGUAAGGGUGAAGUAAUAGUUUUUUGGUUCCAGUCUCAUUUCCCUAAGGGUGGGGGUCUGAGCCUGAUGCAUGAUCCCGGGACCCUGAGGGUCGGGCGGGCAUGACAAUUACCACCUAGUUUUGAUUAGGCUUUGUGUAUCUCGAAAACAGGCCGACCGGCUGACAGAAAGUGUUUCUGCCUUUGUAACUCUAAUCCUUAUUUUAUUAUUAUUCCUUGUGGAAAAUGGCUGGCAGUGGUGAGGAUCGAAGCCAUUCCUGCUCUUAAGUGAACACGCUGUGUGAGAUAAGUGCAUUGCAGCAAGUUGUAAAUUUUAAAGAGACUUCUGACACAAUUGUUUGUUACUUUGGGUAGAAAGGUUAGUGCAGAAUGUCGCAAAAGAUAAAAACUAGAUCUCAAAAGAAUGGAGCCGAGGAUGUGCUCCUGGCAGACACUGCGUUGCCUAGUCAGCUUGUUCAGCUGGAAGAAGGCGCUGCUGCUCUGUCGUUUAUACCUCAGCCUUCUGUGGAUGACAAGGAGUUCGUGUCUAAGCAAACUGAGGAUAGUGAAGAUGAGGAGGAAUCAGAUUUGAAUGAGGAAGAGCUGCCUAGGAGCAUGCAGCGCUACCUGGCUAAGCAAAUGAAGCUGUUGUCCCUGCAGUUCAAGGCUAUGGAGGAAGAUCGCCGGAGUAGGGAAAGCUUUGCUCGUGAGAUGCAACAACCGCGAGGAGGAAGACCAGACCUCCAUAAGAAAUCUUUUCCGACCUUUCGUGAGACAGAUGACAUCUUUACCUUCUUCCAAGUUUUUGCUCACUCUUGUAGAGAUCAAGGUGUGCCUAAAAAGUACUGGAUGAGUGCUUUACGCAUUAAUGCUGAAGGCGAGUUGAGAGAACUGUUGAACUCUUUGCCAUUGGAGUAUGCAGAUGAUUUUGACUACUUUUAUGCUUUGGCCAAAUCUCACUUUGCUUUAACAUCAGAGGAUUGUUUUCGGCGCUUAGAGGCAGAUCAAAAGAAGCCUCGGGAAAGCUUCUCAGCUUUUUCUGCACGGAUGGGCAGGAAUGUGGAGCGCUGGGCAGACACGGCUGAGGCUGUAACCCGAGAGGAGGUUUUAGAUCUGUUUGCUAAAGAACUGUUUUACAGACGCCUCCCUCGAGAUUUGAUGGCUCUGGUCAGAGACCAGCAGCCCCGUUCUCUGACUGAAGCAGGCAUGCUAGCAGAUCGUAUGUUUAAAAACAGAGCUGAAGAAAAGUUUACUUUGUUUCGGAAACCGGAGAACGUCCCUGUGAAACCGCCGGGGCGAGAGACUUCAGGUAUGCAGAAACCAUGGCAACCGGCGAGGGAAGAGAAAGGGGGGCCUGUUGGCUACCUCAAAGUGCCUUCCGCCCGGCCAGAGGCUGCAUUGCAAGAGAAGCCCCGUGGAGAAAUAAUUUGCUUUAAAUGUAGGAAAAUUGGACAUAAGGCUAAUUCCUGUUCUGAAACCUUGCUUAAGCCCAAUCCUGCUGGAAGGAAGAAUCCAAAGGUUGCUCCAGUGGCGCGUGUAAGAGACUUAGCGUCCCCUGGAGCGGAACCCCCUGAACUUUCUUCUUGGUCGUCAGCAGAGGAGAAUGAAGGAGCGGAAUCGGACUUUGUAUUUUCUGCCUCAAAUUCCCAAGUCUGUCCUGAGACUCCUCGUGGAUCUGUAGUCAGAGCCCUGCCGGAUGCUCUCCAGAGAGCAGAAUACUAGCAGAGUGAAACUCUGAGACCACCUGCUGGCAUACAGAGAGUUAACAUGGUACACUGCACAUGCCGGGUAAGUAGGCGCAUUUAUGCAAAUAUCACACCAAUGGCUGUCAGAAGAACCGGAGGGACAGUUGUGAAAUUGACAAAGUCGAGAAAACCCACUUUUUUUGAGAUUAAACUGUCUGUCAAGAGGCUGAUUACAUGGACAGUAGAUAGAGGAACAGUGUUGGAGUCUGUUUUGUGGAAUUAGAAAUGGUAUUGAUUCUGAUAGCAUGCUGAGCUCUUUGGAGCAUGCAUGUGCCCUCAUUCAGCUUAAAACCCAUCAGAAAAGGUGUCCAGGGUGUGUUUUACACAGUCCUGUUAAUGCUUCUUGGCCUGUGGGCUGUUAUUUGGGGUAAGAUUUUUUUUUUCAGUAUAAUGUCUGAUAUCUCUUUUAUUAGAGGGCCACAUAUUUAAUGGAAGUUUGGUACUGAGAAAUGUGUUGAUCUGGUAUUACAGUGUUUUUAGGAGUAUUGCUGGAUCAGACACCAUUUAGUGGUAUGUUGUGGACAGCUGUGUUGAGCACAUAGGAGACCUGAGACAGUUGAGAAUCUGGGUUGGUAAGAUACUUCCUGAGUAGAGGAAAACCAAUACUUAACACAAUUUGGAAACUACACUUUUUGUUAAUGCAGUCUAAAAUAGCAUUUGCCUUUCUGCAACCACAUGACACUGUUGGCUCAUAUUCAACUUGUGAUCAACAACAAUCCUAAGAUUCUUUUCUCAAGUAAUAUUGCUGGGCCAAGUAUGCCCCGUUCUUAUAUGCAGUUUUUGGCCAAUGUAUGCAUUUCUGCAAGCAAUUUCUCCUAAUAUAAUGCAUUUCAUUAAAAAAAAAGUCCUCAUGAAAAUUGUUCAGCAUUUUUAGUGUGAAUUUUUCCUAUCAAACACAUUUUAAACAGUUUUUACCGAUGUACACAUUUCUGCAAACAAUCUGCUCGCUAUUCCACUGCAACAUUGACUUUAUAUUAGUGGGGCUUCCAGACUGCCAGUAAGUUCCUAGUGAAGCCUUCCCCUUUCCUUGCAUUGAAUGACGAGUGGGAUUUAGCUGAAGUACUGGGGGCCGCUCUCGGAUAAUUGGUCGGUUGCCUGCAUUUUGGAUGGGGUUGUACUCCCUCUGAAAGAGCAAGUCCAUAGUCUGGGGGUGCUCCUGGAUCCAUCUUUGUCACUAGAGGCCCAGGUGACCUCAGUGCCUAGGAGUGCCUUUUACCAGCUUCUGCUGGUAAGACAGCUGCAGCCAUUUCUGGGCCAAGAUAGCUUAAUUACUGUUGUCCAUGCAAUUUUAACCUCCAGGUGCAUUACUGUAACGUGCUCUAUGUGGGGCUACCCCUGAGGUUGGUCCGGAAGCCGCAGCUGGUGCAAAAUGCAAAAUGUAGAAGCUAUUGUGUUUUUUAUCUGUUUUUAACUCAUUGUUGGUUUUAUUAUUUUGAAUUUUAAAUACCUGUCUUUAACUGUUUCUGCCAAUAAUUUCAUUGUUUUAAUUCCUUCUGUAAACUGCUUUGAGAUCUUUUUACAAUAGAACGGUAUAUAAAUGUAAAGAAAGUACAGAAAUAAGUUUGGAGUCCCUGUGGCCCUUGGGUCUCUUUCCACUUUUAGCAACAAAGGAAUCUGCCUAUACCGGCUCAGGCCAUUCGGUACCAUGAAGCUCAGUACUGAUGGCAUGGAUUAGCACUGGCUCUGUUUAAAAAUUAUCUUUUUAAAUUGCGCUUUUCAAUUCACUAAUGAAUGUGCAACAUACCUAGGGCCCAGCCUCCAAGAGGUCUUCUGUAGCUUUAAAAGUUGCGCAGGGGGAAGGGAGAAUUUAACCUUGUGCUUUUUCCCAUUACAGUGUUGAGAAAACCUGCACUUGGCUGAAUGUUCUCCUCUUAAAGAUACAGUCAUUCUCAGGCCCUGAGCCUGGUAACCCUAUAUAGGAUAUAAUUAGGCAAGAUAAGGUCUGGUUGCAGCUGUACCAAUUUGUGGGCGGGAGGGGGGAGAGAAAAAAUAUGACCCUUUAUAGUACAAAGAUGCAUCAAUCUGGUUAAGGCAAGUAAAAUGUGAUGCAUGUAAUACAAGGACCGACCUGCAAUCCAGUACUUGUCUACUCAGAAGUAAGUCCCAUUGGGUUUAAUGGGACUUACUCCCAGGCGAGUAUGUAUUGUGUACACACUUACCUGGGAGUAAGUCCCAUUGAACCCAAUAAAGCUUACUUCUGAGUAGACAUGUAUUGCACUGCAGCCUUAGUUUCCUUUUUCCACAUUUUAAUUCUGCCUUCUGUAUCUUCACAAGAGCCCUGCGAGGUAGGUUAGGCUGAGAGUUAGGGACUGGUCUAAGGCAAUAAAUAAGCAAAAACAAUGAUGAGUAAAAAUUUAAAAUGCAAAAAUGCUCAUGCUCAGAGUAUUUUUGUCGGUCUUUGUCAAGGCUUUGUGCAUGGGUUUCAUGUCUACUGUCUCAUAGCUUCCUUUUGCCUGAAAAUGUCGUAUUUCAUACUGUUACAGAUGUUCUUUUUUAAAAAAAUUUUUGCAUUGCUCACCCAGGGGGAGGUCUCUUCUCUUAAUUCUUGGGCUCCUUCUAUCUGAUCCCCUGGCGGUUCUCUUCUCGUACUGCCUUGCCCGCUGGCCUCCUUUACCCCCACCCUCAGGGAAGGCUCUUGCUUCCUGGCCCGCUGGCCUCCUUUACCCCCACCCUCAGGGAAGGCUCUUGCUUCCUGGCCUGCUGGCCUCCUUUACCCCCACCCUCGGGGAAGGCUCUUCUCUUGCUUCCUGGCGCGUUGGCCUCCUUUACUGCAACCUUGGGGCUGUCUCUUCUCUUACCUUCUGACCCAUUGGCCUUCUUUACCCCAACCUCCGGGCUGUCUCUUCUCUUACCUUCUGACCCACUGGCCUUCUUUACCCUAACCUUGGGGAAGUCUCUUCUCUUACUCCUGGCCCGCUGGCCUCCUUUACCCCAAUCCUCGUUAGAGGUCUGUUCUUUUAUUGCAUGCUGGCUGCUCUCCUCUUCCCCUGGUCUCUUAAUUUCAACUCCACUGGCCUCCUUUCCUGACUCCCUGAGGUCUGUUCUCUUAGGGGAUGGCAUGACUCUUACGGUUGGGCCAGCAGGCCUCGAAGGAAGAGGAGAUACCACCCCCAGAGUUGCAGUGAACGAGGCACCGGGCCAGCGCAUCAAACCAUACACACACAUAUACAACUGAGUUUAGGUGAAAGAAGGCAGUGGGCCAGGAAAUAAAAGAAGAGACCCCCAUGCCAGUGUGCGGUUAAAGGAAUGGCAUGGAAGCAAAUGACCUCCCCGAGUGUGAGGUCAAAGUGGAGAAAGAAAUGAGGUGCCAGAAGUCAUAUCUUGAGAAAAGUGCCAUGGGUGCCAGCAUAAAAUGGUUUCCUUGGGCAGCAACAAAAGAGGUGACGGUACUCUGCACCGGUAAGUACCAUUUCAAAAAAAGCACUGUAGGAAUGACAAUAUAUUAAUCCCACAUAUCUCCUUCCUGGCUUACUAGCCUACUUCAUCCCCACCUUCGGGUAAGUCUCUUCUCCUGCUUCCAGGCCCACUUGCCUCCUUUCACCCAUACCUUUGUGUCUCUUCCCUUACCUUGAGGCCCGAUGGCCUCCUUUACCCCUGCUGUGGGCUCUCUUCUCUUCUUCUGGUCUCCUUCUCCCCUGUCCUGGGGUUGCUUAUCUUGCUUCCAGGCACUCCGGCCUCCUUCAUUCUGCCCUGUGGUCUCUUCCUGUACUUGCUAUCUCUGUUCCACAGAAUAAGGUCUCACACCAAUGUCCUCUACAAUAGAUUCCAAAGAACAGCCAUGGAUUCUGCAGCAGUGAAGACAUCUCUGUCAGAGUCUGGGAAUUCCAUUAAUAUUGUGAGAGAGUCCAUUUGAAGCUUGUUUGCUGAAUUACCUUUGGUUCCAACACACAGCCAAAGAUUUCCACAGUAGGCAUUUAAUGCUGGAGAAAGAUUGGUUGAAGACAGAGCUCUUCAUCCUACACCAGAUGACAGAAUUGUACAAAUGUAGGGAUGUUUCCAUGCUCCUAUACCUUCUUUUGGAGAACAAUCUGGAGCCAGCAUUGGAGCAAACGUUACUCAGAAUCCUCAUGACUAUACCUAUGACAACAGCAGAAGCAGAGUGAAUGUCCUGACCUCUGAAGAGGAUGAAGACAUUCCCGAGGAACGCUGUUUCAGAUGACAGCCUUGGUAAUGCUGUCAGUUGAGAAAUGAUUGAGCAAACUUUGUAUACAAUGUGACAUUAUGAGAAAUCUUCUGAAGAAUUGGAGGAUAGGGGUGGCUGUAAGGGGUGGUGGAGGCCACAAACCAAUAAAUAAAUAGCCAAGUGCGGCAGCAUGGAAACCUUCUGAACCAAUGCUCCAAAUAAUGGAAAACUUGGAGGAAAGGGGUGGCUGUAAGGGGAGGUGGAGGCCACCCACAGUUUCUCCCAGCAGAGAAGCAGCUGUGACAGCAGGGACCCCUUCUGAACCAAGGCAAGACUCUUAAGUAACCUUGAAAAGAAAUGCUAAAUGUACUAUUGCAUUGCUUAAGUGUCUACUGUUGCUUGAGAAGGGAGAAGGAGGAUAGAGAGAGAACCAGAAGAGGUAGAAAUCACACACACUUUCUCCUCAAAUAUCUCUUCAAAAAAUGUUAAUAAAAAUAACCAGGAUUAAAUUAACAUUAAAAGGAAAUAAAUGUAUUGAUAAAUACUUUUUGACUCCUUUGCCUGUUUCAUUAUAUGAUCUGUACAAAGUCUGGGUUUAUUUAUUUAUUGCAUUUAUAUACCGCCUCAUAGCCGAAGCUUUCUGGGCGGUUUACAAUUAAAAACAUUAAAAAUAAGUAUACAAAUUGAAAACCAUACCAAAUUAAAACCCAUAAAAACCGAUAGGCAAGUUAAAAAUGUGCUAUUUAAAUGCUGUUAAAAAUGCCUGAGAGAAGAGAACAGUCUUAAACUGGUGCCAACACUUUUAUCUUUUCAGUGCCAGGAGCACCUCGUCAAAAAGAUCAUUCCAUAAUUUAGGGGCCACCACUGAGAAGGCCCUCUUCCUUGUUGCCAGACUCACAGCUUCCCUCAGAGUAGGCACCCGGAGGAGGACAUUUGAUGUUGAGCGUAGUGUACGGGUGGGUUUGUGUCGGGAGAGGCGUUCCAUCAGGUAGU